CUGUCCUUCGCGGACGCUAAAUCCACUAUCGUCACCACAACUAUCUAUCGUGACAUCAAUCAUCGCUACUGCGUGCAAGUGCUUUCUGUUCUUUCUUCGCAAGCGCAAAUGCCUCCAAAGCGCAAGGCUCCCGCGACCAGCGCAACCGCCGCGCCCAAGGCGCGACAAUCCAAACUUGCAAAGGAGCAUAACGUUACUGCGCAAGAAGAGGGCGAGAUCCGCGAGGCGUUCAGUCUCUUUGCGGAGCCAAUGGAUGGUGAGAAGCAUGGAGUCUUGCCUAUUGACGACGUCAAGUCUGCGCUCAUAGCCCUCGGUGUUCCGCCCUCUUCUCACGCAGAGCUCAAAGAAUUUAUAUCAAUCCUGGACCCAGAAAACGACGGUUACGCGACAUUUGAACCUUUCUUCGCAAUCUGCGCCCUCAAAUUCCAUACAAGAGAGCACGACUCGGACGCCCAUCGUGCAGAAGUCGAGGAAGCUUUUCGACUAUUCACAAACGGUCAGGAUGGACCCAUUACCCUUGCACACCUGCGACGUGUUGCUGCUGUGCUCAAAGAGGAUGUCGAUGAGGAGCUACUCAAGGAUAUGAUUCUCGAGGCGAACGGCGGCGUAGGUGUUGCUAGGGGAGUGGGCGUUGAGGAGUUUGAUGGAGUUAUGAAGAGUGCUGGUGUCUGGAGGUGAUUCUUCAGCUUCCAGGAGGCGCCACCAUGUUACGAUUUACGAAUAAACGAAACUUCCCUUAUACGGCUUGGGGCAGUUGAUACCAUGACAUGAAGCGGAAUCGACCCAAGAGUUGCAAUCUUGCAUUGGGAGAGAGGUAAGAAACCCAAGAUGAGGGACAAGACGCUGACUGCUAAUCAUGCAUUGUCGUUUGCAGACCAGCGUACAUGAUAAUUAUUAUAGUAUAGUGCGCGUUACUGAGUUGAGGCUUGUUUGGAGGGACCUUGAUGAGUUCAAAAACGGAGGCAUCAGCCAUUCAGUGUCUAUAUCAGGAGUCAAGGAGCAGCUCUACGCAUUCACUGUUUCCAAAUCUAAUUACACAAUCUUAAAAGCGCUAGGUUCCUCAGGAUCAACGGUCCUGGCCAAUACAUAUGUAUAAUAACACCUAAUUCUGAAACGCCUUAUCAGAUGCAUGCAUGCCCCGUAGGUGACAGCGACGGGACGGGAUAUGUGAGCUAACAAGCACACACUAUGUCA